GAAGCGUUUGAGGCCCUUCUCAGUGAGGACCAAGCCAGGCCUGGCUAUGCCGAUCUUCCAGCCAUCAGACUUGGCCUCCCUCGAAUGGGCUCGCCCAGAUUGCCCAAGUUUGGUUCGUCUCUCAGGCUCCCCCAAGACGUCACGGCUGAAAUAGAGGCCUCAAUCAAUGCCCCCUCGUCUUCUGGUGUCAGUGAACUGGUUACUUGGUGCCCCGCUCUUUCCCCCAGACAGCCGGAUUUUCAAGACCCAACAGUUCAGAGAACCCUGCUCGGUGCUCUCGAUUACAAACUAACGAGAAGCUGCCAAAAUAUGAGUCUAUCCAUAGACAGGCUGCGGGAUGUAUUGAACGAUUCGAUAACGGAACCGAAAGUGAAGUCCUUUGAAGGGAAUACAGAAGUUGGGGGAGAGGAGAUUUCCGACCCCAGGCGUUUCGACGACGCUGGUUUACAGAACGACACAUAUUCGAUCCCGCCAUCCCGGACACCGUCAUCUUUCUCGUUAAUACAAUCGUCGAAUGGCCAACUUGACGAAACGUCUAAUUUGGCCCGACCAGAUAUUGUGUUAUCCAGUCCGAAGUCUGCACAGUGA